GCGCAGCUAGGGCCCCGGGCCGUCUCUUUGCGGUCAUGGGGGCGUCUGCGCGGCUACUGCGUGCAGCGAUAAUGGGGGCGCCGGGCUCCGGCAAGGGCACCGUGUCCUCGCGCAUCACCAAACACUUCGAGCUGAAGCACCUCUCCAGCGGGGACCUGCUCCGAGACAAUAUGCUUCGGGGCACAGAAAUUGGUGUGUUAGCCAAGACUUUCAUUGAUCAAGGGAAGCUCAUCCCAGAUGAUGUCAUGACUCGGUUGGUCCUUCAUGAGUUGAAAAAUCUCACCCGGUAUAGCUGGCUGUUGGAUGGCUUUCCAAGGACACUUCCACAGGCAGAAGCCCUGGAUAGAGCUCAUCAGAUAGACACAGUGAUUAAUCUGAAUGUGCCCUUUGAGGUUAUCAAGCAGCGCCUCACAGCUCGCUGGAUCCAUCCAGGCAGCGGCCGCGUCUACAACCUUGAAUUCAACCCUCCCAAAACCAUGGGCAUUGAUGAUCUGACUGGGGAACCUCUUGUUCAGCGUGAGGAUGAUAGACCAGAGACAGUUGUCAAAAGACUGAAGGCUUACGAAGCCCAAACAGAGCCCGUCCUGGAAUACUACCAGAAAAAAGGGGUGUUGGAAACAUUCUCUGGAACAGAAACCAACAAGAUCUGGCCACAUGUAUAUGCGUUCUUACAAACCAAAAUUCCACAAAUAAACGAGAAAGCACCAGUUACUCCAUGAGAAAAAGUGCGUAUAACAUAAGAUGAGCAGAAGCUCCUCUGUGCAUUUAGAAGUUCCUUGUCCUAAGAAUCUUGCAUGUAUAAAUUCUUUGACAAUUGUAUUAGUUUCAUUUCUACUGAUUUUAUUCUGGAAAUUAAGGAUGUGCCAAAUGAGUCAUAGAGAAAGAUUCUUCUUUUGAAAUAUCUAGUGUGUUUUAUUAUCUUCUAUGGGUGUGCAAUUGAAAAAUACCAGAGGUGUCUUAACUUGAAAAAUCUUGAGCAUAAUUAAAAGAGCAAUUAGUAAUAAUCUAAACUUUUGUUCAGAAGAAAAGUGGUUGAUAAAAUUUCCUUAUUUUUCUGGAAAAGUAAAAAAAAAUUCUAAGUCAUUUAUGGAAAGCAUCUUAUCAGAGGCUUUUGUGUAGACCGAUGCCAAAAAAAGAGAUCUCUAGCACUGUGGUAAAGUUGUAUGGGACACUAUGUCUAUAAAAUUCCAGAAAUAAAAGCAACUGGACUUAUAGAUUAGUUGCAGGAUGAAAGUUCACUGCUGCCUUUUAAUGACCUAACUAAAACAAACAGACUGCCAGAUAUUUCUCCAGCAAAAAUGGGAUUAUCCCAAAUCAGUAGAGAAUUGCAAUUUGGGGUCUGUAACCAUGGUGAGCCACAUGUGCAAAUGAGCCAUGGUGUGCAAAUCCUCUGCACAGCAAGGGAAUGAGAAUGCUUUUAUAGAGGGUAAAAGGAAGUUGGGAGGGCUGUAGUAAACCAAGAGUGCAUGGCUUUUCAUUGGCUGAGUCCUUGCCUGGAAAGAAGAGUCUGUCUUCUUCCUGUUGGGCUCCACUCUCUUCACAAGGCAUGAGGGCUCCCCCUUCUGGUCUUCUGACUAUUUUAAUUAAGGUUUCUGUUUGUUAAUUUUUUUACAUUUACACUAGCAAACUUAUAAUAGCCAUAUAUGCUGCAUUUUGUUGUUAAACAUACUGUUUACUCUAAAAUUUCAAUUUGCUAUAAAAAUGUAUCAGCUAGCAUAUAGGAAAAUAUAUUUUCCUGUGACUUAUUUUCUCUUGAAAAUACUUGAGUACCGAGGGAUAUUUGUUAGAGAUUGACACCAUAAGUUCUUGCAAAGCACCAUAGUUGAAUUUUCAGUAGAAAAUUUAUCAAAUACUUGUCUUUUCAGAUGUUACUCAGGUUAAGAAAUGUGUGCUUUGGGAACUACUUGCCAGUUUCUCUUUUUGAUCUAAAUGUAUGAUCUGCCUUAAUGAGUAACAAAUUAAACUACAACCAAAAAAAGAAAAAAACAUAAAAGAAAACCUAGGGUACUAGGUAAAGUAAGCACACUUUGUCAUUAAGAAAUAGAUCAGGUUUGCCUGGGGAAAAUUCACUUGACAUACACAACAAUCUUAAUUCGUAAAUAGGUGUAGCAAUUACAGGAUUUACAUAACAUGUUUAAAAAAACCAGGAAACUAAUUGAUUUUGCUUGGAAGACUUCUUUACUCCUAAUCAAAGAAGGUGACACCUACUAGUGUUCACUGCUAUUCUACCUUAAAGGGGAAGAAUCUGCCAGUGAAUGUAAUCCAAGCAGCCAUUUUUAAAUGAAGAUGAUUUGAUUCUUUAGUGGGGCGACAGGAUACACGCUUAUGUACUGUAGCCUGGUGGGGAGAAUGAGGUAAUAUGAGAGGUUAAGGAGAAAUCAGACAAUGUCUUCAAUGGCAGUAUCUACACUUAGUUGGUGCUAGGUCAAAUGAAACAAAUGAAACAUUGUACAAGCUGUUAUUAACUGCCUUUGAAAAUUUGGCCCAUUUUUAUUCCAAUCACUGAAAAUACAAAUGCCAGCAAGUGAUUCUUACGUAUUUUGUGGGGAAAAAACUUACUUUUGUUUCUUUUGAUUUUUAAAAGUUCAGUGUUGAUCUUUUGAAAAUGUACCAAGGCUUUUAAAAAGGAUUACAAUAAACAUUUCAUUAUUUACAAAA